GAUCAGUGCAGUAAAGGCACGCUUGGCGAGGCUCACCUCUUUUGGGUCAGGGAUGCUCUGCACAAACAAAGGAAAGAGGUUUCCAUGCAGCGGGUUGUAAUUAUCACUCACUCCGCUUUCGAGAAGUAGUGGCUUGCGACAGACAGCUGCCACAUCAUACAUUGUUGUCAAGAAGUCUACCAGAGGAAGAAACAUGCUUUUUGGACUUUUGGGGCUGUUCCUGGCUUUGACGCAGAGUUGUAGGUGCGCUCCACAACAGACCUGUUAUCCAGGAGACGAACUUUUGGGAAGAUGCAGCAACAAUGUGUCCGAAGCAAAACCUACCUGCACAGAGAUGCAUCUGAGCUACUGUAAUGAUGUAGGAUACACUAGUACUAUAUUUCCAAACAUCCUUGGCCACCGGACCCGUAUGGAUGCCGAAUCGGGGGCAGAGUACCUUCUUCUUAGUGUCAUCCAUGGCCUCCUAAAUGGCGAGUGCUCCCCUGACAUUCGUCUCGUGGGCUGCUCGGUACUCGCAUCACCCUGCCGGGAUGACAAGAUAGUUAAGCCUUGUCGCAGUACAUGUGAGGCCCUGAAGAAGGACUGUUUCCAUACCUUCGAGGCUAUAGACAUGGCCUGGCCAUACUUCCUGGACUGUGACCGCUUCUUUGCAAGUGACAGAGAAGGCUGCUUUGACCCACUAGCGGCGCUCAAAGCAAGACAGGCUCAAGCGAGGUCCAGUCUCACACCAGAAGAACCCAGCACCAUCAUCCAGUUUACACAUACGACUAACAGCCAGAUGUACAAUUUACUCAAGAGAACAGCAGCCAAGUGUUCCCACAUCUCUCAGGUUUACAGCAUUGGCCGCAGCACCGAGGGUCGAGAUUUACUCGUCAUUGAAUUUAGCAACAAUCCUGGACAGCAUGAACUGUUGAAGCCAGAGGUCAAGCUGAUAGGCAACAUGCAUGGCAAUGAGGUGCUGGGUCGCCAACUGCUCAUCUACCUGGCUCAGUACUUGUGCUCAGAGUAUAACUUUGGAAACCAGCGGGUUCAAGCACUCAUCAACACCACACGCAUCCACAUCUUGGCCUCCAUGAAUCCCGAUGGCUACGAGCUUGCCGCCGCAGAGGUAGAGGAAAGCAAUGACCCGGAGCGCAUCAACCAGGAAGGCCACUUAAUGAACGGUUGGACAAAUGGCCGUGCAAACGCCCAGAACCUCGACCUAAACCGCAACUUUCCUGACCUCACAACUGUCCUCUACCGGAACCGUCGCAGUGUACACUACCGCACUGACCACAUCCCGAUUCCUGAUGGCUAUUGGUUUGGAAAGGUGGCGCCAGAGACCUUUGCAGUAAUGAAAUGGAGCAGGUCAAUUCCCUUUGUCCAGUCUGCCAGCCUCCAUGGAGGUGAGCUAGUAGUCUCCUAUCCUUUUGACUUCUCCAGACACCCACAUGAGGAGAAGAUGUUCUCACCUACCCCGGAUGAACGGAUGUUUAAGCAACUGGCUCGUACCUAUGCAGAUGCUCAUGCCACAAUGUCAAACAAUGACACAGACAGGUGUGGAGCAAACUUUUACCGAACUAAGGGUAUCAUCAAUGGCGCACUGUGGUACAGUUUUCCUGGAGGCAUGUCAGACUUCAACUACCUUCACACAAAUUGUUUGGAGAUCACGGUAGAGCUGGGCUGUGACAAAUUCCCCCCAGAGGUUGAGCUUUAUCCAGAAUGGAAGAGGAACAAGGAAGCAUUGCUCAGUUUUGUUGAGUCGGUCCAUCGGGGGAUUAAAGGUGUUGUCAAGGAUGUUGAUGGCAAUGGGAUCAAAGAUGCCACCAUCUCUGUCAGGGGGAUUCGGAAAGAUGUCACUACAGCUGAGGGUGGAGACUACUGGCGUCUGCUGACCUCUGGUACUCACAUCGUGACAGCCACUGCCAAGGGUUACUCCAGGGUCAGCAAGCGAGUCCAUCUGCCUCACAACCUCAACAAGGCUGGACGAGUGGACUUCAUCUUGAAGAAGGUUCCCCUGAAGCCUGAAAUUGAUGACCACUUCUUCCCCACAAUAGACACAUGGGAUCGAUUUGACCCUUACAAUCAGUUUGAACGCUACAGCGAGCCAGAUGUUGUUGAGGAAGGAAUCGAACGACAGGAAAAACCUUGGUGGUGGUCCUACUUCUCCCAAUCUGGCAUCACGCCUCCAAACUGGCUGCUGCGAAAUGUAUAAAUUCACGCGAAGACAAAUCAGAUCUUAUUACACCACUGUAAAAUGCUCUUUUGAUGUAUUUUUUGGAGCAGCUAAGAUGUAUUAUCAUUUUACCCAGCACCACACACACACACGUUUAAAGCUUGAAGGGACUUGACAAACUAUUUUCUACCACAUGUAAUUCUACCGAGCAUUUGAAGGUGAUGACGUCCAAAAAUAACGGCAUGCACUAUUGUGAUGACAGACAGCUUCCAAUUCACAAGUAAAGGCAGCUGCAUAAAACGUGUUCAUUUUGUUAUUAUGAUCUAAUGUUCAUUUCUUAUGCUUUGUAUUCUACACCAGUCAAGUCACAAAAGCCUGAAAGUGUAACAGCUUUCUUCCCCCUUAAUGAUGAGCACAACCUUGCCACUUGGAUUAGUGUUUAUGUUCAGUCACUAAAAGAGAAGCUUUGCUUUGUUUUAUAAUAAAAAUAAAGACAUAAAACGUACCCUUAUUUUUUUUAAAAAUCACAAUGUGAUAAAAGAACGGCGAAAUGCAACUUAUAGAAAUACAAUUUAUAAUAAUAUCGUGUUAAAGUAAUAUUAAAACUGACGCAUCACAUGAGCAAUUCUUUCAUAUUAGUAUUAAAUUUGACCAACAGAGGGCGCCAGUGUACACGUAAAAGAAGACUCGAUUCUAUCAAACCAAUACUUUCUCUGAAUAUACAAUACUGUGGUGAGCAUGUCCACACCUGUACUUACCUUGACUUUUCAAAUUUUUCAUUCAAUCAUUUUUUUGUACCACUUAUCUUCACGACGGCCGUGAGGGUGCUGGAGCCUAUCCCAGCUUAAUAUGGGCAGGAGUCAAAGUACACACUCUGAACUUGUUGCCAGGCAAUUGGUGGGCACAUGGAGACAAAUAACCUUUCACACCCACAAUGACACGUAUGGAGAAUUUAGAGUGUCCAAUCAGCCUGCCAUGGAGGUUUUUGGGAUGUGGGAGGAAACAGGAGUACCCGGAGAAAACUCACGCAGACAUGGGAAGAACAUGCUAUCUCCACAAAGGAAGGCCGGAUUGAACCGUUGAUCUCUGAACAGUUUGGUUGAUGUGCUAACCAUUCAGCAGCAGUCAACGGCAUAGGUUUUCAUGGGGACGGUAGGGACAAAACAACUUUUCAGGAUGCUCAAAGUGUCCACACCAACUUUUAAGCAACCGUAUUUGCAUUAUAUAAUGAGGUCAGUUAUACAGGAAAUUUAGAUUGUCUUCCCAUUUUUUGUAAAGAUAUAAUUGGCCCUACCCUUUUCACUUGCUGAAUGUGCCGGUCCAUUUUUUCCCUUCAAACGUAUGUUUGAUUGGCUAAUGACUUGCAUUUAUUCAAAAUUAGUUUUUUUUUUAUUUUUUUUAAUUUUUUUAUUUUUUUACAUCAUUUAUUCAAAAACAUUUUUAUUUGCAGCCUAUGCAAUUUUUUUUUCAAAUAAUCAUACAUUAAUCAUAAUAUAUGUAAAAGGUUUUCUUUUUUUGUUGUUUUACUGUGCUUGUGGACAAAAGCAGUAGUGUUUUACCUGAAGGAAGGGUCAAUUUUUAUUUAUUUUUGUUAUACCAUGACUAAGAAGUUUUUUUCAGUUACAAUU